CUUUCCCUUGGGUCUCCAUAUUGUUGCAUAGGCCAAUAGCAGAAAGUGGUAUCUCUAGCAAAGACUUAGCACAGCUUAGACAGAUUUUAUUCUUGAUGAUAUUUGUUUGGUGCCCCUUAUCAAGAUGGCAAGCAAGAUUUUUUAUUUACUUGGUAUAAUAUAUAUAUGUCUACUAGACAAGAUUCAUGUUAGGGGGCAAGAAUGCCGACUUAUAGGAAAAUUUGAUCUACAUGGAUUUCUGGAGUCAAAAGGCCAUGAGUUAAUCAUUGGAGGAAUGUUUCCCUUCCAUUUCCGGACCAUACUGCAAAAUGAUUCAGCAAUGGAGGAACCCAAGUCACCAAAAUGUGAAGGGUUUAACUUCCGCAGUCUGCGCUGGGCCCGAGCUAUGAUCUUUGCAAUCAAUGAAAUAAACAAACGUGUUGACAUUCUCCCAAAUAUAACACUAGGUUAUCAAAUCUUCGAUACAUGCUUCACUAUCUCUAAAGCAGUGGAAGGAACCCUAUCAUUUUUAACAGGGCAAAACGAGACCCACCCUAAUUUCCGGUGCAGCGCUGGAGCACCCUUGGCUGCCGUUAUUGGAGCUGGUGGAUCAGCCUUAUCGAUUGCCACUGCCAGAAUUUUAGGGCUGUACUACUUCCCACAGGUGGGUUAUGCUUCAUCCUGUUCCGUACUCAGCGACAAGUUCCAGUUCCCAUCGUUUCUUCGUACAAUAGCCAGCGACUUAAUUCAAUCCAAGGGCAUUGCAGAACUUGUUACUUAUUUUGGGUGGACCUGGGUUGGAACUAUAGCUGCAGAUGAUGAUUAUGGGAAAUACGGCAUCAAACUUUUCAAAGAAGAGGUGGAAAAGCAUGGAGUUUGCAUCUCCUUUUCUGAAACUCUACCCAGGAUUUAUAACAAAGAUGCAAUAGAUAAAAUAGUGGACACAAUAAGGAAGUCCUCGGCCAAUAUCAUUGUCAUAUUUUCAUCAGAUAUUGAUUUAAGUUCAUUGAUGGAAGCCAUAGCAGAAACUAAUAUUACAGGAAAAACAUAUAUAUCCAGUGAGGCGUGGACAACAUCAGCAUUAAUAGCUAAUCCUAAAUAUUUUCAUUUUCUUGGUGGCACAAUUGGCUUUGCAGUUCAGAAAGCAUACAUACCAGGUUUUGAAGAAUUUCUACUUAACAUACACCCAGAGCAUGGAAAUGAUGAUUUGGUAUAUGAGUUCUGGGAGGAGGCCUUCAACUGUACUUGGCCCACAAAUCGAGCAUUAUUUUACACAAAUAUUAGUUUGGAAGCGGCAAUGGCUGGACGGAAGAGAAAUGUUUCACCUAUACCUUGUACUGGAAGAGAAAAUCUCAAUACUUCCCAUAAUACAUACAAGGAUGUAUCUGAGCUGCGGAUAACGUACAAUGUUUAUAAAGCUGUCUACACAAUAGCACAUGCUCUUCAUAACCUAGACAUCUGUGUAAAAAAAUAUGGUCCUUUUCCCAAUCAGGAAUGUGCAAAUGUACUUGAUUUUGAGCCAUGGCAACUGAUGUAUUAUUUGAAGACGGCUAAAUUCACAUUGUUCACUAAUGAAAGCAUGGCAUUUGAUGAUUCAGGAGAUAUUAAGGGUAACUACGAUAUCUUAAACUGGCAGUGGAAAGACAAUCAAACCAUGUCCUUUGUAAAGAUUGGAAAUUACAAAGAUCUGGGUGCAGGGAGUUUUGAUUUUAAGAUCAUCAACAGUUCCAUACUAUGGAAUACACCAAACUCAAUGCCUCCUCGCUCAGUGUGUAGUGAGAGUUGUAUUCCCGGGACAAGAAAGGGUAUUAGACAAGGGGAACCAGUCUGCUGCUUUGACUGCAUUUCGUGUGCAGAAGGAGAAAUAACUAAUGAAACAGACGCAAGAGAAUGCAUUUCAUGUCCAUCAGAUUUCUGGUCCAAUUCGUACAGGAAUGAAUGUGUCCUAAAGGAAGUGGAGUUUCUUGCAACUGAUGAAGCUUUGGGCAUUACAUUGAUAUUCCUGUCUGUCUUUGGUGCUUCACUUGUUAUUGCCUUCAUGAUUAUUUAUAUUAUGUACAGAGAAACAGCAUUAGUCAAGGCAAAUAGUCGAAGCCUGAGCUUACUCAUUCAGGUUUCUUUAGUUUGCACUUUUAUGACUUCAGUUCUCUUUGUUGGAAAACCAGAGCAAUGGUCUUGUAUGGCUCGCCAAAUUACUCUAGCUUUGGGCUUUUCUCUCUGUCUUUCCUGUAUACUAGGAAAGACAAUUGUUUUAAUGUUAAGAAAAAAGUCGGCUAAGUCAAAAUUUGCUGAAAGAGGCCGUGAUGCAAUGAAACCUGCAUACCAAAUCAUUGUCGCAGUUAUUGGCUUGACUAUUGAAGCUGGCAUCUGUACGGCUUAUUUAAUUCUUUUCCCUCCUUGGGUUUACAAGAACAUGGAAUCCCAAAAUGUAAAGAUCAUUCUUGAGUGUAAUGAAGGUUCUAUUGAAUUCCUAUGUGCUAUGUUUGGGUUUGAUGUUUUCUUAGCAAUAUUAUCCUUUAUAACUGCCUUCAUAGCCAGAAAACUGCCAGAUAACUUCAACGAAGCCAAAUUUGUUACCUUUGGCAUGUUGGUCUUCUUCAUUGUCUGGAUCUCGUUCGUUCCUGCUUACUUAAGCACGAGAGGGAAAUUCAAAGUGGCUGUUGAAAUUUUUGCUAUAUUGGCAUCAAGUUUCGGGUUACUUGGUUGCAUAUUUGUCCCCAAAGGAUACAUCAUUCUUCUAAAACCAGAAAGAAACACUGAAGAAAUCGUCGGCGGUAGGGCUGUCACUAAUGAUAAGAGCUCCCCUGGUACAUCUGCCUCAAUCUCUAGUGAGAUAAACAAUACAACAAUCUCUACAGUUGUACUCGAUGAUUAAUGUUUCCCAUACAUUAAUUUAGUUCCUUUACAUGAGAAACAGUCAUCAUCUGUAUUGUUAAAGAUUUUUAGCGGGUCAAUUGCAUAAUAUCUGGUGGUAAAGUAAUAUUUUGAAGCUCUAUAACAUGGCAGCCACAGAUUAGGAAAAUAACUCGCAAAUAAGAAUCUAAUUUUAUACUCAGGGAAUCUUUUAAUAUCUCUAUAGGAUUUUAUAUGUUUUGAAAAUGAAAGUGUUUACGACUUGCACAACAUUUUCAGUUUUGUGAUUGAGUGUAUUUUCUGUACAUUUAACCUGAAAGGUGUGAAUUGAAACCUAAUAUAUAUCUUAAUUGCAACCCUUUAAAUAUAUUACAUAGCAUAUUCAGUUAUAAAGGUAAAAUCUGUAAUUCUGGGCAAAUUUGACCCGCUUUGUUUCGCCAAAACGUCUUUUUAUUUUACGCACACCGCCAUACAAGUCUUAGGGCGUCAUUUUCACAGUGAAACAAGGCGAAAAAAUUUUUACAACCUGUAUAUACAGGUUUGGGAUCACUUAUUCGGAAACCUGUUAAAAGUUCUGUAUUAGGGGACAAACAUCUCCCAGAAAGUACAUUUGUAGAAAAUAAUGUUUUGAAAGCAAAAAUGUUUACAACUUGCACAACAUUUUCAGUUCUGUGCUGUGUAUAAGUCGUGACUUUGUGUGUUUUCUGUACAUUUAACCUGAACGUUGUAAAUUGAAACCUUUAGCAGAUAGAUGCCAAGGCACAGUUAAAGAUGAUUUUUACACAUGUAUAACACAUGCAAUACAUUUAUAAAAUCUAUUUUUCAUUGAUAUACAACUAUCACUGCACCAUCUGCUGUAAAAUCUAUUUAAAUGAAAAAUAGAAAAAGGAAAAGACAAAUAGAUUAUAAGAAGAUAAUUGUAUGCACUAGGUUAUUCGAUAUCUGGGCAUACAGGAUUUAUAAAUGUAUAUGGCCUCAUAUAGCUUAAUUGCCACCCUUUAAAUAUAUUAUAUAGUAUAUUCAGUUAUAAAGGUAAAACCUGUUACAUUGCCUAGUCACUGUAAGACUUCAAUGCAAAUACUUUACAAGCUGUAUAUACAGGUUUGGAAUCACUUACCCAGAAACCUAUUACCCAGAAAGCUCUGUAUUAGGGGACAAACAUCUCCCAGAAAGUAAAUUUUCAGAAAAUAAUGUCCGUUUUCACUGUUAUAAUAAGGCAGUACCUUGUACUUUAUGGUAACUAAGUUUCAUGAAUCCAUAUUGGAAGCAAAACAAUCCUAUUGGAUUUAUGUAACAUUCAGACUAUUCAUAUCCCAGUUAUAGCAGUAACAGGGUAGUGAUAAUAACACCUUUUUUCAUAAGAAUUUUAAAUAAAUCACUUAUUGAAUGUGCAAGUACAAAUAUUGCUGUGAACUUAAUUAUGUAUUUAUAAAGCUGAAGCAUAAGGUACGUAUGGAAAAGUGCUGGUUUGCCUAUUUGUAAUUUAUGACACCUUAGUGAAAUAGAAAUAAAGCCACAUAAGUAUAAAAACUUACAAACUUAGAACUAAGCUUGCCACCUGUCCGGAUUUCACCCGGACAGCCUGGUUUUUGGAAUGGCUGCCCGGGUGAAAAUUAGGAAAUCGGGACAGGACAUUUAAGUGAAUGACAUGGUAAUCAGCCAAUCACUGAUCAUCACCUCAUCAGUACCACCCACCCACCACGCCACUCAUUCUACCCCUUAUGUCACUGCCCCACACCUGACAUCCCUUGCCCCCCCGAUGUCACCGGCCCGCCCCCCCAAUGUCACCUGGUCCGCCCCCCCCUGACGUCACCCAGCAACCCCCUGACAGUUUUCCCAACACAAUAAAGGUGGCAACCUUACAUCGAACCCAUCAUAGUUGGUAAAAAUGAUGGUGGUGAAAGCCAUGCUAAGCAAUAACAAUGAUUUCUAUUAAAGUAUUCUAUACUUACUACACCUGGGUUUCUACACAAACUUUUACCCACAGGCAUACUUCCAAUAUACUUCAAUAUAAGCAUACCAUGUUUUACACUGUAAAUGUAAUGUAAACGAGGCAAGGACAUCUGAAUUGUUUUCGGCUUCUUCCAUUGCCUUUAUAAAUACUCUGUAUCCCAUAGAAGUGAAAUGGUAGGACUUUUUCUAGUAUCCAUUCAUAGCAAGCAAGUGAAAUUUUCAUUGGCUGGCAGCGCAAUGGGUUUUUCCUGUUUUUGCUUUAGCUUGCUAUAAAUGUGCCGAUAAAUUGAAUCAUAGGGGUUGUCAUUGUUUCUGUUAUAUUGGGAUUUUGAUUUCUCAUAGCUUUAAGAGCAUCUAUAAGUUGUUAAAAUAUAUGUAAACAA